UAUGGACAAAAACAGCAGCAAGACAAUGGCGGCUAUAUGUUGGACGGUUAGUGAGUUCAUCGUGAAAAAUUUAGGAAAAAUGUGAUCUAUACAUCGCAAUUGGCGAACGUAAUUUGAGGUGUGGUUUGAAGGCAGAGGGGAGUAUUAUUGCCUGCAAAGGCAAAGAUGGCAUAUGGUACGUGCAGGCAAUGGCUUAUAGACAACGGAUGGACCUGUCGUCGAAUCAAUUAGACAAUGAAUGGUGGUCACUGACAGGUCAAGCAGAAAGAUACGACGGCAGGCAGGAAGGAGUAAAUGAGCGAGCGCACCUAAGUAAUGAGCGAGACUCGGCAUUAUCCUAUUCGCUCGGUCUCGGAUUUAUACGCAGCCGACGAAAUAGAGGUACUUCUGCUAGAAGAGAUACGCGAUCUGGAACCACCACCUGCCAUAUAUUCUAAACCCGAAGACAUUCAAGACUUCGAAAUUGCAGGCAGUAGGACAGGGGGGCGAAUCAGCUCCCAAUCAUCGGAGCUGGAUUCGCCGGGAGUCCAUUCAACAGUCCAUUCUUGGGAUUCACACGCAAACUAUCACGGUCACUAUGGCAAUAGCGACCACAGACCUGGUUCUUCGUCCAAUCCUCUACAGUGGUCUCGUGCAAGCCAUGUGGUUAUUUAUUGCGAUAUACAGGGGCAUCUUAAGACAGCUACAGGUGUCGUUAGACUUUUAUUACUUAUAUCCUCUGCAGCUUGUUUGGCAACUUUAUGCAGUUCUGGCACUGCCAAGGUCAGCCUUUUUAUGCUGCCUUUAGCAGAUCGUUUACGAUUCAUGAUCUUUGUAGCUGUUUUCUGUUUUUUGAUCACCGCAGCCCUUCUCUUCCUUGAUAUUUCGCACGUUAUUUACAUCCUUCCUUUAAACUGGACUAAGCUGAAUGCUAUAAUGUUCACUGGCAUAGGCUUGUCAUAUGCAGCGAGUAGCGCAUUGUUAGCAUGUACAGUAUGGGAGUAUCACAGCGGAGGCUGGGUACCAAAACGCACACGUUCCCAAUUGUCUGCUGCAGCAGCAGUAGGACUUUCAUGUGCUCUCUUAGCAUUUUUACUUUCCUGGAUACACUGUCGCAGUGGAUCAAGUUGUAAAGGCCAGGAUUCUCGUAGUCAUACACCAACACAACUUUACAAACCCGUUGAUAAUUCUUCCUCCUCUGGGGUCACUUUGAAGGAACGUAGUCCUAAGAGACCUGCCUCGUGGAGCGUAAAGAACCAGCAGCAGUCGAAGAAACACAACGCGGACAGUGAUACAAACACGAGUAAUGGCGGCCAUCGCGGUAGCAAUCAUGAAAAAUUCAAACAAGACUCCAACAAAAAGGACCAUUGGGCUUCGGCCAAGCAGCACAUUAUAGACAUGCCCAUGAAUAACGAAGAUUCCCAGCGGGAGGAUAUCGAGAUUGAGAGAAGACGGAGGAGGCGAAAAAGAGAUGGUGACAGUACUUCGACCGGUGACGGAAAUACACCAGGUAACAGUAAAGCCGACACUAGUCGCGCUACCGCGCUACCGGAGGAAACUAAGCCUAGGCGAGUACCGCGAAAAUUACCUCUGCAAUCUACAGUGGAGCAAGCUCGUUCGUGGUCCGACGUCGAACGUAGGAAUAGUGGUACUACGCAAGUUAGGAGUAAAACUAGACAAACACCAGUGAACAAUGACGUACAGAAUUGUUGUGGUACGAGCGAGGCUAUACCGAGCAAUCAAGUGACUCGAAACGGUCUCCGAAACUGGGAGGCCGAAUGUACGUCUAGCAACAACACGGAGGAGGUUACUGACACAAAUGUGGUUGUUUCUAACACCAUGUGGUCAGGACAGUGGCGCCCACCACCAGAUGAUGUUCAACCUUGCUCUAGCAAAACUAUCGAUCCUUACAGCUUUGCCUGAUCGUCUUGUGAAAUACAAAGCACACAUGUUAGGUAAAAAAGAGAAAAGAAAAAAACGAAAAAAAA